UGUGAAGGUCAAAUUCACCUCUUGCGCCUUCAGAAAGCCCAGCUACAAAUUUCCAUGGAGACCGAAUCAAAAAACCAGAAGAUCUUAUUCUUAAUUUCAGAUCUAGGAAGCGGAGAGCGGAAGCCCCCUCUCCCAUUGCGCAGCGCUUCCCCUGUUAAGAUCUUUCAUCCUUUUCCCUGGACUCUAUCCACCUGCAGUUAUUAAGCGAGUAUUUGCCAUAGAUAGCGACAACAGGACGGGGAUGGGGGCAGUGGAUUCACCGGUGAUGGGAAAUGGAAGUGGGAAUGGGAUUCCUAAGCUGUCAGCGGGAAAGUACCGGAGAAUGGACGCCCAGCUUGAGGAAGAUGAGCAGGAGAGUAACAUAUUCGAAACGUACAGUGGUAGCGGCGACUGUAGAAAGUACGUCUUAGUCUGUGCCAUCUUCGCUUCUCUCAAUUCUGUUCUUCUUGGCUAUGAUGUCGGGGUUAUGAGCGGCGCUAUUAUUUAUAUUCAGAAGGAUUUGCAAAUAACAGAAGUUCAACAAGAAAUUCUUGUUGGGUCUUUGAGCUUUGUCUCCAUUCUGGGUAGCUUGGCUGGUGGAAUAACAUCUGAUGUCAUUGGGAGGAAAUGGACUAUAGGCUUAGCUGCUAUAAUUUUCCAAAUGGGUGCUGCUAUAAUGACUUGUGCUCCCAAUUUUCUCUUGUUGAUGAUUGGCAGGCUUUUGGCAGGAAUUGGAAUAGGAUUUGGCGUCAUGAUCGCGCCUGUAUACAUUGCUGAAAUAUCUCCUACUGUCAGUCGAGGAUCUCUUACCUCCUUCCCUGAGAUCUGUAUAAACAUUGGGAUCCUUCUUGGCUAUGUAUCAAACUAUGCUUUCUCUGGUCUUUCAAAACAUUUGAGUUGGAGAGUAAUGCUUGGAGUUGGAAUUCUCCCAUCAAUCUUUAUCGGUUGUGCACUUUUUGUGAUCCCAGAGUCUCCCAGGUGGCUGGUUAUGCAUAAAAGGGUUGAUGAAGCGCGGUCCGUGCUCCUUAAGGUAAGUGAUAAUGCAGCAGAGGCUGAGCAAAGACUAGCAGAUAUUCAAGAAGCUGCUGGAACUUCAAACAUGGAGAAGCAUGAGGAGAAGGUUGUCUGGCAGGAGUUGUUGCAUCCUUCUGUAUCUCUUCGCCGAAUGAUGAUUACUGGAUUUGGCAUACAAUGCUUCCAGCAGAUUUCAGGAAUAGAUGCUUCUGUAUAUUACAGUCCAACGAUAUUCAGAGACGCAGGGAUUGAAUCUGACAGUAAAAUCCUUGCAGCAACUGUUGCUGUUGGCUUUACCAAAACAAUUUUCAUUUUGGUUGCCAUUGUCCUAAUUGACAGAGUUGGAAGGAGGCCAUUACUUUAUAUUAGCACAAUUGGGAUGACACUUUGUCUUUUCGGGCUAGCACUUUCUCUUGCUUUGCUUGCGGCUGAAUUGGUCUCAUCAAAGGUAGGGAUCAUGGGGGCCAUCUUUGCUGUAUGUGGCAAUGUGGCUUUCUUCUCUGUGGGACUUGGUCCAAUAUGCUGGGUGUUGAGCUCAGAGAUUUUCCCUCUAAAGGUAAGAGCUCAAGCGUGUGCCAUAGGGGCAGUUGGUAACAGGGUUUGCAGUGGCCUAAUUGCCAUGACUUUCCUUUCCUUGACUAAAGCUAUCUCAGUGGCAGGAACAUUUUUUAUCUUCUCUUCUGUAGCAGCACUAUCUGUGGUAUUUGUACACUAUCUUGUGCCCGAGACAAAGGGGAAAUCUCUGGAGCAAAUAGAGAAUUUGUUUCAGAGUGGCAGAGAAUGGCAAGCGGGUGAAGUGGAGCUUGGAGAUGUAGAGCAUUUAGUCCCGAGGGAAAACAAAUCUUUGAGCAAUAAGGAUGUUCUCGGCUAUAUUGGUGAAGUUCAUCAGCAAAAGUAAGUCUAAUGCUAUAGCAAUAUUCUGUUGAUUAUAGGAACAGAUCGAUAGAAAUACAAAAUGAGGAAGGAUCAUAUUGCGUGUACGGGCUGUAUCAUUGAAUCUUGGUUAAGUUGUCCAUUGUUAGUCAUCACAUUCAUAUAUUUCAAAGAGUUUCAGAAAGAGUGCUUAUAGUCUAGAGUCUAGACCCAGAUAGUCUAUCACAAUACUUGAGGUCAUAUCACUUACAAUCACAAUUAGAACAUGUGGUAUCAUUUUGGAUCAAUUUUGUAUAGUUGGGGGAUUAAAUUGGGGCAACAUAAUAUUUUAGAUUAAAUUGACUGCA